CGCAGCCACGUUGUUCAUAAGGAUUAUAUCACAAAUAUAUACGGCUGCGAUCUAUCGAGAAUUAGUUAUUGUCUGCAGCAAGGCCAACCGUCGGCAGUCUCUUUUACACUAAUUACACAACAGCAUCAGGCUGGCAGGGCAGUUCCGCAAACGGAUUACAUCUAAAGUCACCCGCCAAGUCAAAUACCUAUUCAUUAGCACUCUAAUCGUCAAUACGCGUCACUAAUCAUCAAUUCAUCUUGAAGAGUUAAAAAAGAGCUAAAAACAAAAAGUGAAUAAGAGAGAACGAAAAGAUGAAGAACCUCAUUGUGAUAUCCGAACCGCCGCACUUGGAAACUAAAUUGGAGGACAUUGAUCCGCCAACAUGCAAUGACGACCAAGUCAUUAUCAAAGUGGCCGUGGCCGGAGCAAAUCCUAAAGACUGGAAACAUCCCGCUCCUAACUAUUUUAACGUCCAACUCAACCAAGGCGACGACGCAGCAGGAACCAUCCACGCCACCGGCAAAAACGUCAGCGGGUUCCGCAUCGGCGACCGCGUCGCGGGGUUCCAUCAAAUGGACACCUUGGGGGAAACAUAUGCCGAAUACACCGUCGUGAGCAAGGACACGGUCUUCCGCAUCCCGGACCACGUCAGCUUUGAAGAAGCCGCGACCAUUCCACUCGCAGCGUACACCGCUGCCGUCGGACUCUUUCGACUACUCAAGCUUCCGCAGCCGUGGGAGGAUGUCCUAGACGAGACGGCGUCACUCCAAGGACAAGGCGGAGGAAGGGAAAAAGGACAAAAAGCCAGUUCCUCAAAAAUUCCACUGAUCAUCAACGGCGCAUCCACAUCCGUCGGCUCAUUCGCCAUCAAGCUCGCAAAGCUCCACCCGUCCAUCUCGCCCAUCAUCGCCGUCGCAGGGGCGUCUUCAGACUAUGUCAAAACGCAGCUGCUAGGCGGCGAACGAGACGCGGUGGUGCUCGAUUACCGCAGCGCGACGAUCAGAGAGGACAUUGUCGCCGCCGUGGCUAACGCGACGGGAGCGAGCGGCGCGACAGGCCACACAACGAAUAAAGUGCGGCAUGUGUUUGACGCGAGCAACUCGACUGCGAGUACAGACUAUCUCUCGUCCGUCCUGGAACCGGGCGUGGGGAGAUAUGUGUGCACGACGGGCAUCACAGAGGCGCAGAAGGCGAAUUUGACUGCAAAGAAACUCGCACUGGCGAGACAAAUCUGGGUAGGCUGCGUGCAUGAAGACAAGGAAUUCGGGGCUCGCGAUUUUGGCUACGUCUGGGCAAACAUGUUCGCAAAACUAUUGCAGCAAAAGCGAUUCUCGGGCCAUCCGUACGAGGUCGUGCCGCAGGGAUUACACGGCGUGGAGGGGGCAUUGAAGCAGUUGAUGAAUCGGACGAGUGGGCGUGGUAAUGCCAAGUUUGUGUUUAGGAUCGCCGAUACGCCAGGACUUUGAAGAAAAAAGAGAGAAGGGGAAAAAAAAAGAUAGAGGACCGGAAUGAAAUCGAUACGGUGUGAAGGUAGGUAGUGCGAGAUAAUAUGGUACAAGUCUAUGCGAAAAAAGAAAGGGCGAGAUUGAUAAGUAUAGGGGACGGUGCUAGCAGCUGGUGGGGUGGAGUGUAUUGUGAUGAAAAGUGAUGGUUUACCAAGACGGAAUAUAUACGGUACCUAAAAUUCAAACGGGUACAAGGCAAAUUAUCAUCCACAGGAAUGAAAU